AUGUCCAAAGCAGCUCCCACCAAAAAACCAGCAGCUUCAGCCCCACCUCCUGGAUGUACCCUGGAUAUCAAUGACCCCCAGGUGCAGAGUGCUGCUAUUCGCAUUCAGGCCUCUUACAGGGGCCACAGGUCCCGGAAGGAGCUGCGCGAGAAGGGGCCACCGAGGGUGCUGGAGCCGCUGAAGGAUGUGGUGCUGAUAGAAGGUAGCGCGGCCAAGCUGACUUGCCGCAUUUCGGCUUUCCCGGACCCGUUCAUCCGCUGGAGCAAGGACGGCAAAGAGCUGCGCGAUGGGCCCAAGUACCGCUAUGUCUUCGAGGACCCUGACGUAGUGGCACUGGUGGUGCGUGAUGGUGAGCUGGCAGAUCUGGGCCAGUACAGCAUCAACGUAACCAACCCCUUCGGCCAGUGCUCUGACUCCGCGCGCAUCCUCGUGGAAGUCCCCGCGAAGAUUCAAAAGGGACCCGACAACACCAAGGCGCGCAAAGGCACCACGGUGACACUGACCGCGGAGAUCCUGGGCGAGCCGGCGCCCGACGUGGGCUGGACCAAGGACGGGGAGGACAUCGAGGAGGACGACAGGGUAUUCUUCGAGAUUGGCAGUACCACCACGACGCUGACCAUUCGCCGGGCUACGCCCGAGGACAGCGGCAAGUACGAAGUGUACGUAGAGAACAGCCUGGGCAUGGACCAGAGCUUCGCUCGCGUGGACGUGGCCUGAAAAGGGCCAUCCGACCUUUCGCCCUGGCUUCAAGCCCAGGGGCAGGUGGGACUGACAGUUCUCUUCCAGCUUGUUUAAUAAAGUGGCUCUCUCUGACCCUC